CAAAAAUAGUCAAACUAAUGAUCGCUUUAAAUAAAGGUGACGUUAAUAUUUACAAAGGAAAGAGCUUAGACGAUAUCAAUAUAGAAGAAAAUGACUACUUGGAAAUUGAAAACAUAGAAACAGAAGUAAAUGAAAUAAAUGAAAAAGAAUUAACAGAGCCUACUCAUUCUUGGAGUCCUAAAAGUAAUUUUAGCGAUGUAACUGACGAAAAGAUUGAACAAGCUAAUAAAAAUGAAAAAGUUUCGUCGAAGGGUAAAAGAAAGUUAUUUACCGAUGAAAUGACGCAUCCAAUGCAAAAUAAUAAAGUUACAAAAAGAAAGGAGGUGCCUACUACUGAAAAAACCGAAAGCACUUCAAAUGCGAUUGCAAGGCACCGAUGGACCGAAAAGGACAAACAAACUAUGCUUAAAUACUUUACAAGAUUCAUAAAAGAAAAAAGGGUUCCGAAAAAAGCAGACGUACAGGAAUUUAAAAAAAAUAAAGCUGGAGAAAACUUUAAAUCAAUUGAUUGUAGUUUUUGUGAAGUUUUUUUUAUUAAAUAA